CAAUGCGCAUAUCGCGACUAGCCAAGUUAAAAAAAAAAUGUUGUUAGACUAUCUGCCGUUGGCAACACUGGUUGAUUGCCAAACCGUAAACGCAAGUGUUUUUUGUGUGUUUCCCAACGCGCCGGUGUUUAGCUCAACUCUUUUGUUUAGAGUACGAAAUAUGGCAGACAAGAAAAAAGAUGGUGAGCCUGAGGGAGAAGAAGAAUUCUCAGUAGAAAAAGUGCUUGAUCGUCGUGUACGAAAUGGCAAGGUAGAAUAUUAUCUCAAAUGGAAGGGAUACAGUGAUGAGGACAAUACCUGGGAACCUGAAGAGAAUCUUGACUGCCCUGAUCUAAUAUCUGCCUUUGAAGAGGCGAGGAAAAAGAAAGAAGCAGAGGGCAAAAGUGUGAAAGUUGAUAAGGAUGUUAAAAAGCGCAAGUCCGCUGUUCCAACACCUGACUUAAAAGGUGCCAAAAAAGCAAAGAGUGAUGACAAAAAAGCAUCAGGGUUUGACCGUGGGCUUGAGCCUGAAAAGAUAAUAGGUGCUACAGACAGUAGUGGAGAACUUAUGUUUUUGAUGAAGUGGCAGGGUACAGAUGAAGCUGACCUGGUCCCAGCAAAACAAGCGAAUGUACGAUGCCCACAGGUUGUCAUUCAGUUCUAUGAAGAAAGGCUCACGUGGCACACACCUGCGCCAGAUGAGACUGGCACUGAUGACUAAGGACUGGUUUUUCUCGACAUUAAAACUAAAUGAUAAGAAAUUGGAAUUCAUUUUCCUAAUAAUUUUACACAUUGCUUCUGUGUAUCGUAAGAGAUAUGGAUUACUAAAAAUUGACUCUCAAAUAUUGACAGAUCAUUAGGAUUCUUCAUUUUAUACUUAAACAUUGAUGAUUCAUCAUCAUUUGUUAGUAUUUAGAUUUAUUUAGAAAAUACCUACAUAAGUUAAUUCCAUUUUUUUAUGUUUAUAAGUAAAAUAAUUAGAAUAAGCUAUUUUUAAAGUUGCCAGUUUCCUCAACCGCCAAUCGCAACGUUUUGGGCUUUUUCACUCCCUCCCUCCCUCCCUCCCUCUCCUUGUGCCCAGCGAUGAGUGUUGCCCAUAAGUCACCAUAAAAUUGCGACAGCAACUAUCAAGUUUAACAGGAAACUCGAAAAGUUAAUAAUUGCCUCAACUUAAGUUCCGCAGUGUACAAAGCGCCUUAGACGCUAAUCGAGUGUUAUUGUAUUAAAAAUAGUUACGGUACAUGAAUGGAUACAACUGUGUAUGAAAUUGUGCGAUUUCUACAAUAAAAAUACAAAAAAAGAGAAAGGUGAAAAAUUUUUUAAUUUCCAAAAUAUUGUUACAUAGUUCUUAUUCAAAUAGUAUUUUAAGGAAAAUUUGUUAAUUUAGGUGUGACAACUAUAUUUUUGCCUAAAUUAAGGUAGGUACUUUAAUAUUGGGUGUACUAUGCCAAAUCGAAAUGCCCCUAUAAAUCAAACGUCUAAAUACUCGAACAUUCAUAAUAUCGAAUGGUUAUUCGAACAUUCAAUACAUCGCGCAGUCAAUACAUCGAGUGUUGAAAAUAAAUAUCGAAUGUUUGAUCGAGCGUUAAAAUCAUCGCAUAUUCAUCUUAUCAAAACAAUUUUUUUGUAAAUACAAGAAAAACUUCUUAUUCUUUAGAGGUACAUUUUAAAAAUUUGUAUGAAUGAGGGUUUUCGAUACUUUUUCUGCCGCCAGGCGGCGCUUCGUAUGCGUCAGGUCCAAACAGCUGUCAAAUAGUAUGGAAUUGUAGGUGCCGAACUUAUUGUUUAUUGAAAUUCUGUUAUAUUGGAAGUGUUAUUGAUUUUAUUAUGGACUACGGUCAGAAUAAGGUUUCCGAACUAAAAAUUGAGCUAAGAGAGAGGGUGCAAAAGUCACUGGUACUAAGGAAAAGCUUGUUGAAACAUUUGUUAACACAAUAUGAUUUAGUUUUUUUUAUUUACUCAACCGCAAUAGUAAAACAAUAAUGCAGUGCUUUAAUUAUAAAAUAAAAAAAAAAACACUAAAAUCGUUCACUAUUCAUAGUAAAGAUAAGCACUUUGACAGUUACCUGGACCUGACGACUCGGUGCUGCCACCUGGUGGACGCCAUUUUAGAAAACCCUCAUUGCAAUUACACGGAGAAACUAAUGAAUCCAUGUUGUUUUUAUUAUUUAAUUUUAAAAUAUUUUUCGAGCGAUCGCUUAUUGCGAUGCAUUUAACGCUCGGAGAAACAAAUAUUCGAUAUUAUAUUUUGAACACUCGAAGUAUUGACUGCGCGAUGUAUUGAAUGUUCGAAUAACCAUUCGUUAUUAUGAAUGUUUGAGUAUUUAGACGUUCGAUUUAUAGUGGUCGAUCAAUUGAUAUUCAACUAUUUGUCAUUCGAUUUGGCAUAAAUGUACACCCUUUAAUAUUGGCAAUAUUUUAAGUGUAAAUUAAUUAUCUAAUAGGAUUAUUAAAGUCUAGGUACAUUAUAAUGUUUUGACGA